UGGCAGCUGCCGCUCGGAGGGGCCGCCUGCCUGGUACAUGCACGGGGAGCGGGCGCACUACUCCCACACCAUGCCCAUGCGCAGCCCCAGCAAGCUCAGCCAUAUCUCCCGCCUGGAGCUGGUCGAGUCCCUGGACUCGGACGAGGUGGACCUCAAGUCCGGCUACAUGAGCGACAGUGACCUCAUGGGCAAGACUAUGACAGAGGAUGAUGACAUCACUACAGGCUGGGAUGAAAGCAGCUCCAUCAGCAGUGGGCUCAGCGAUGCCUCGGACAACCUCAGCUCGGAAGAGUUCAAUGCCAGCUCCUCACUCAACUCCCUCCCGACAACUCCCACUGCUUCUCGCAGGAACUCAACGAUAGUGCUACGCACAGACUCAGAGAAGCGCUCACUGGCAGAAAGUGGGCUGAGCUGGUUUAGUGAAUCAGAGGAGAAGGCCCCCAAAAAGCUGGAGUACGACAGCGGUAGCCUAAAGAUGGAACCUGGGACUUCGAAGUGGCGGAGAGAGCGGCCUGAGAGUGGUGACGAUUCGUCCAAGGGUGGAGAGCUGAAAAAGCCCAUCAGCCUGGGUCACCCUGGCUCCCUAAAGAAGGGCAAGACUCCGCCGGUGGCCGUCACAUCCCCUAUCACUCAUACAGCCCAGAGCGCCCUCAAAGUUGCAGGCAAACCUGAAGGAAAAGCCACAGACAAAGGAAAGCUCGCAGUGAAGAACACGGGACUCCAGCGCUCCUCUUCGGAUGCCGGCCGGGAUCGCCUGAGUGAUGCUAAGAAACCGCCCUCGGGCAUUGCUCGCCCCUCCACAUCAGGAUCCUUUGGCUACAAGAAGCCCCCACCUACCACGGGCACAGCCACCGUCAUGCAGACUGGUGGCUCAGCCACCCUCAGCAAGAUUCAGAAGUCCUCAGGCAUCCCGGUCAAACCAGUAAAUGGACGCAAGACCAGCCUAGAUGUGUCUAACAGUGCAGAGCCAGGAUUCCUGGCUCCUGGAGCCCGUUCCAACAUCCAGUACCGCAGCCUGCCCCGGCCAGCCAAGUCUAGUUCUAUGAGUGUGACUGGUGGGCGGGGUGGACCUCGCCCUGUUAGCAGCAGCAUCGACCCCAGUCUCCUCAGCACCAAGCAGGGAAGCCUUACGCCUUCUAGACUGAAGGAGCCUUCCAAGGUAGCCAGUGGGCGGACUACUCCAGCCCCUGUCAAUCAGACGGACCGGGAAAAGGAGAAGGCCAAAGCCAAGGCAGUGGCCUUGGACGCAGACAACAUCUCCUUGAAGAGCGUUGGCUCCCCAGAAAGUACUCCCAAGAACCAAGCAAGCCACUCCCCAGCCCCCAAGUUGCCAGAGCUCCCACCAACCCCUCUCAGGGCCACAUCUAAGAGCUUUGUCAAGCCACCCUCACUAGCCAAUCUAGACAAGGUCAACUCCAACAGCCUGGAUCUACCAUCGUCCAGCGACGCCCAUGCUGCCAAGGUCCCAGAUCUGCAUGCCACGAGCUCGGCAGCUGGGGGCCCUCUUACUUCCUGCUUUACCCCCAGUCCGGCGCCCAUCCUCAAUAUUAACUCGGCCAGCUUCUCCCAGGGCUUGGAGCUCAUGUCGGGUUUCAGUGUCCCCAAGGAGACCCGCAUGUACCCCAAACUCUCAGGCCUGCACAGGAGCAUGGAGUCUCUCCAGAUGCCAAUGAGCCUGCCCAGUGCCUUCCCCAGCACUGCCCCUAUCCCCACACCCCCUGCCCCCGCUGCUGCUCCCCCUGAGGAAAAAACAGAAGAGCUGACCUGGAGUGGAAGCCCCAGAACUGGGCAGCUGGACAGCAGUCAGCGGGAUCGGAACACCCUCCCCAAGAAAGGGCUCAGGUACCAGCUCCAGUCCCAGGAGGACAGCAAGGAGAGGCGACACUCCCACACUAUUGGGGGGCUGCCUGAAGCCGAUGACCAGCCAGAGCUGCCUUCGCCCCCUGCGCUCUCCCUGUCCCUGAGUGCCAAGGGCCAGCUCACCAACAUAGUGAGUCCCACUGCGGCCACCACGCCAAGAAUCACCCGCUCCAACAGCAUCCCCACCCACGAGGCGGCCUUCGAGCUGUACAGCGGCUCCCAAAUGGGGAGCACCCUGUCCCUGGCCGAGAGACCCAAGGGAAUGAUUCGGUCAGGAUCCUUCCGAGACCCCACGGAUGAUGUCCACGGCUCGGUGCUCUCCCUGGCCUCCAGUGCCUCUUCCACCUACUCCUCAGCUGAGGAGAGGAUGCAAUCUGAGCAAAUCCGGAAGCUGCGCAGAGAACUGGAAUCAUCCCAGGAGAAGGUGGCCACCCUGACGUCUCAACUUUCUGCCAAUGCGAAUCUAGUGGCUGCUUUUGAGCAGAGCCUGGUGAAUAUGACAUCCCGCCUGCGACACCUGGCCGAGACAGCCGAGGAGAAGGACACUGAGCUGCUGGAUUUGCGAGAAACCAUAGAUUUUCUGAAGAAAAAGAACUCUGAGGCCCAGGCAGUCAUUCAGGGAGCCCUUAAUGCCUCAGAAACCACACCCAAAGAACUUCGGAUCAAGAGACAGAACUCCUCAGAUAGCAUCUCAAGCCUCAACAGCAUCACUAGUCAUUCCAGCAUUGGCAGCGGCAAGGAUGCUGACGCAAAAAAGAAGAAAAAAAAGAGUUGGCUUCGGAGUUCCUUCAACAAAGCCUUCAGUAUAAAAAAGGGACCCAAGUCGGCUUCCUCAUACUCCGAUAUUGAGGAGAUCGCCACACCGGACUCCUCAGCCCCCUCGUCCCCCAAAUUACAGCAUGGGUCUACAGAGACCGCCUCCCCCUCCAUCAAGUCCUCCAACUCAUCCUCCGUGGGCGCCGAUGGCACCGAGGGUCCUGCUCACCCAGCUCCCCACACUAGGCUGUUCCACGCCAAUGAGGAGGAGGAACCAGAGAAGAAGGAGGUAUCAGAGCUGCGCUCCGAGCUGUGGGAGAAAGAGAUGAAGCUCACGGACAUCCGCUUGGAGGCCCUUAACUCGGCCCAUCAGCUGGACCAGCUCCGGGAGACGAUGCACAACAUGCAGCUGGAGGUGGACCUGCUGAAGGCAGAGAAUGACCGGCUGAAGGUGGCCCCAGGCCCCUCAUCAGGUUCUGCGCCAGGGCAGGCCCCUGGAUCAUCUGCUCUAUCAUCCCCUCGCCGUUCCCUGGGCCUUGCACUCACCCAUUCCUUCAGCCCGAGUCUUGCAGAUACAGACCUAUCACCCAUGGAUGGCAUCAGCACUUGUGGUCCAAAGGAGGAAGUGACCCUUCGGGUGGUGGUGAGGAUGCCCCCCCAGCACAUCAUCAAAGGGGAAAAAAAACAGGAAUUCUUCCUGGGAUGCAGCAAGGUCAGUGGGAAAGUGGACUGGAAGAUGCUGGAUGAAGCCGUGUUCCAAGUGUUCAAGGACUACAUAUCCAAAAUGGACCCAGCCUCUACCCUGGGACUGAGCACAGAGUCCAUCCACGGCUACAGCAUCAGCCACGUCAAACGCGUGCUGGACGCCGAGCCCCCAGAGAUGCCACCUUGCCGUCGAGGUGUCAAUAGCAUAUCCGUGUCCCUCAAAGGUCUGAAGGAGAAGUGCGUCGACAGCCUGGUGUUCGAGACACUGAUCCCCAAGCCAAUGAUGCAGCACUACAUAAGCCUCCUGCUCAAGCACCGCCGCCUCGUCCUCUCGGGCCCUAGUGGCACGGGCAAGACCUACCUGACCAAUCGGCUGGCCGAGUACCUGGUGGAGCGCUCGGGCCGCGAGGUCACCGAGGGCAUCGUCAGCACCUUCAACAUGCACCAACAGUCUUGCAAGGAUCUGCAACUGUAUCUCUCCAACCUGGCCAACCAGAUAGACCGGGAAACCGGAAUUGGGGAUGUGCCGCUGGUGAUCCUGUUGGAUGACCUGAGUGAAGCAGGCUCCAUCAGUGAACUGGUCAACGGGGCCCUCACCUGCAAGUAUCACAAGUGUCCCUAUAUCAUAGGUACUACCAAUCAGCCUGUAAAAAUGACACCCAACCAUGGCUUGCACUUGAGCUUCAGGAUGCUGACCUUCUCCAACAAUGUGGAACCAGCCAAUGGCUUCUUGGUGCGCUACCUGCGGAGGAAGCUGGUAGAGUCCGACAGCGACAUCAACGCCAACAAGGAAGAGCUGCUUCGGGUCCUCGACUGGGUGCCCAAGCUGUGGUACCAUCUCCACACCUUCCUUGAAAAGCACAGCACCUCAGACUUCCUCAUCGGCCCUUGCUUCUUUCUGUCUUGUCCCAUUGGCAUUGAGGACUUCCGAACCUGGUUCAUUGACCUGUGGAACAACUCCAUCAUUCCCUAUCUACAGGAAGGAGCCAAGGACGGGAUCAAGGUUCAUGGACAGAAAGCUGCAUGGGAGGACCCAGUGGAGUGGGUCCGGGACACUCUUCCCUGGCCAUCAGCCCAACAAGACCAAUCCAAGCUGUACCACCUCCCCCCGCCCACUGUGGGCCCUCACAGCAUUGCCUCACCUCCUGAGGAGAGGACAGUCAAAGACAGCACCCCAAGUUCUCUGGACUCAGACCCUCUGAUGGCCAUGCUGCUGAAACUUCAGGAAGCUGCCAACUACAUUGAGUCUCCAGAUCGAGAAACCAUCCUGGAUCCCAACCUCCAGGCAACACUCUGAGGGUCCAGCAGUCACUGUCACCCCAGGGCAGCAGAUCACUGGCAUCAGCCACUUUAGCUCCUCCUCUCCCCUCUCUUCUUUCAGAACAAUGGCUCUUCAGCCCCAGGAAGAGACCAGGAGGGAGGAGGAGGUGAAAGGAGAGGGGCAGGUUCUUGGUGCUGCACCUUUGAGAGCUUCCUAGCAAGGACUGAUGGGGUGGAGUUUGGGAACGCCUGUUCCCGAACUGCGUUUACUAGCCUCCUCUCGUGACUUUCAGGAAAAGAUGAUUCUGGGUCUUUUCCUCGAUGUCCUGUUUCAGUGACAAACUCCUGGGCUUUCUGGGGAGGGGUUCAGAAGACAUCAGAAAUCUCUGCAGCAGUUCUUAACUGAUUCUCGUGAAAACUCCAAGAGAGACAGUCAUGCGGAGGAUAAUCUGAGGGAGGCAGAAAGCUCCCCAGAUUUCUUGCAGACCCUUCCCAAUUCCAUCUCCACUGCCAACAACUCUUCCCCCAGAGAUCUGGCCAGAGCCCAGAAAAAGAAGCAUGUGGUUUAAGAAACAUUUAAAUCAAUCUGUAAAAGUUUAAGAAAAAAAAAAAGGAAGGAAGAAAAGAAAAAGAUGAAGCUGGAGAGAGGGGAACCAGUUGCCAAGGUAGAAAGAGAGCGGCCCGCUCAUGCCCUCUGGGUGACAGGAGACAUUGACAAGACAGCUGCCAAAACUACGAAGUCGCCAAACCACACAACUAACAUUACGGCCUUCGGAGAAAGACUGCUGUCUUUCUGCCCUCUAAUUUCACAUGCAUGAGAGUCAAUAAACCCUACUUUUUUAUUUUUUAUUUUUGUUUUUAUUUUGUUUCUAUUGUUUUCUCCCAUGUGCCUAUUUAUUUUCCUCCCCAACCCCUGGCCCCAUUUCCUCACGUGACCAAUGAGAUGCUUGGAUUGCUUUUGCAGGGAUUAGUUUGACUAUUCCAAGUAGGAUUUCUUCAGAGAGUCUGAUACCAUCUCAUUGGGACCAGCUAGACGCCUGCCACGCCACUGUCUUCAGCAUCCUGGGACUCGUGAGCCAGAAGCAUUGGCUCUGGAGUGGUGGAGUAGAAGAGCCCACAUCCCUCAACAUCUCUUCUGAGAAAGCACACGUUCUGCCUAGGAGCUCAAGUGCCAACCUCCGGCCUGAGACCACAUAGCCCCAUCGUGAUAGGAGGUAUCUUCGGAGCUUCAGCAUGGACUAGAGGAAAUCCAGGAAGUACUCCUCUGUCUUGGGGCUGUUUGGCCCAUUACUGCACUAUUCUGAGGGUAGCCACUUUGCCUGACUGAAUCCAUACUCUCUAGCUGGCCCUUGCUAUUUGUUUCCAGCAAGUGGAUAGUUACAUAUAAGAGACUGACCAUCCAUGUGAGAUACUCCCCAUCAGAAAGUAAGGCUCGAGAAUCUGACUUGGUGGCUAAUAUCUGCCUUCUAAAGAGAUCCCAGCUUUCCUAUUUCCUGGAGGUCUGGUAAUCCCUGUUGCUUCAUUUGGCAAGUACUUACUGAGUACGCACUGUAUACCAGUCAGUAGGUUCAAACAUACACACAUACACACACAAACAACACUUGAAGAUGUGGGCCCUUAAUUCACAGUCUACUAAAAAAUGUCCCCCUUAAGUGCACACCCCCUUGUUAUCCAGACCUUCAGGACCAUCUAAUAAAUGUAGCUGAAAUCCAAGGAGCCAGCUUGAUGUCCAAUACACUGGGGGCAGAAGAUCUGGAAUCAAUUAAGACGGAGCCUGAAGGACUAUGGAAUCAUGCUUGUCUGGAGUGGCCAAAUUUAUUUCCUGCCUUUUCUAAGAGCCCCUGUAGGACCAGAUUCCAGGGUGAAUUGCCUGGUGGGCUGAAGUUUCAGAGCUCAGCAGACCAGAGAUACGUGAUGAGCCUGGGCUAAGUGUUUGCUCUUCAGAUUCCUAAGUAGCACAAGACUUUAUCAGAAUCUAUAGGCAUUCUAACCCAGACUGCUCUGUCCCACCCAACGGAGGAGUACAUGCAUCUGAAUCUUAACAUCAGAAUAUUUCAUUUAGGACCACAAGAUUGGCUUAGAUUCCCCCACCCCCUGCAAAAAAAGAGAAAAGCUUCCGCAUGUACCUGGUAGCUGCCAGGGAUGACAGGGUCCUCGAUGCCGGAGACUUUUAUUGCUAUUGCUGCUAAUUCCACGAGCUGUGAAGACCCCCAACCAACUCAGCUGUAAAAUAUGCAAUUCUGUAAGUCUGUGGUGGGAAGAGGCUGUUUGUUCAAGGAUGGUGCUGAAAUCACUGCCUUAAGGGCUCUGCUCUGCAGAAUGGGGAGGCCCCAGAGGUGGGUGUUCUAACUUAGAAGGAAGAGAAGACCAGAUGGGCCCUAUUUUGACCUCAGCUUCUUUCGAACCUAUCCUAAGCUCCAGUCCCAUGGCAAGGCUCAGACUUUUGAUGCUUUCUUAAUCUGAUGGUUGAACCCUUAAUCUAUUUCCUGGUGCUGCCCAGCCAGUGCCUUCUACCAUGGAUGUUACUGGCUAUAUGAGAAGAAGAGGGAAGGACCCCUUCUUCCAUUCCAACUGCCUCAGACCAUGGAUACCAUCGUGAAUUUUAUUUGGAUCCUCAGCAAGAUGAUUCCGGAGGCCUCUUAUACUAUGGCUUUUCAUUUCUGUUCCUGGGAUCCACCAUCAGUUGACCGUUGACUGCCACAUUUAGCCCGAGUCUCUACCUGCUUUCCUUUAGAAAGUAUAUUCCCAUCUUGUCAGGUAGUAUUGAAGCCGUGGCUUUCCCUCUGGAGCCUGGGACUCUGUUUACAGUUGCACAUCUGGGCCCUUCACUGUGGGGAUCAGUCAUCUCAGAAAAGAAUUGUGGUCAUGUGGCAGCUGCAGAAGGUUGAGCCUCCUCAUGGUGCUAUAACCCUUUGGGACGCUCACUCAGACUUCUCUGAAGCAGAAAGUCUGAGCUCCCCUGACACUGCCCUAGAAUAAAUGGCAAGGAAUAAAUCCACAGCAUUCUCUCCUACCUACGCACCUGCUUCUUAGUUCAAACUGUCUGGGUCCCUUGAAAAGGGAAAAUUGGGUCCCACAGCAAAAUUCUCAACUCCCAGCACCUUCAGAAGAACCCAGCCUACCUAAUAUUGGAAUCUGUGCUAUUUCCUUCUUCUCCAGCCCCUAAGCCCCGUCCCUCACCAAAGUCGGCUAGUAAAUGACACGGCUCAAUACCCAACGUCAACCUACGGGGAGAGUCACAGCUCCAAGAGAGGGGCCUCAGCAUUUCCUUCUCAUUUCUUUGAUGAAGAUGACCAACAAGUUUUGUCCAAUAUAUUUGUUCCUCAGUCUGCCUAGGCACUAAAAAUAAAAUUACUAGGUCACUGGAGGCUAAAAUGGAACCUGAUGUCUGUGUAUGUAUGUGUGCGUGUGUGUGUGUGUGUUUCUCUGUCUCUCGCACACAUGCACACGUAAUGCUGUUGCUGUUUCCUAUCUACUGAGGCUUCGUAGAAUACUUUUUUAAAAAAUCUAUGCUUUUUCAGCAGCUCUAUGGUGCUUAUCUGUCUUUGUAUAAAUCUUUAUGCAACAUCUUUACAUCUUUUUCAUGUAGUGGAACCACUGGGAAGGUAGAAGUUAGCAAGAAAGGAGAAUGUGCUAGAAGUCCAUGGAGAGACCCAGCCAUGAAGUCCUUAUUAGUUGGUGUACUACAUUUUGGUCUUGAAUUACCAACCUACCAACUUAUCUAUCCAUACUCCUAAGAACUUAAGAUGAAAUAGUGAUUUUUUUUUUCUUUUCUUUUCACAUCUUGCCUUCUGGUUUGCAAGACCUUUCAUGGAUCCAAUCUUAUUGUCUGUUUACUUCUCUCUCCCUGAGACAAGGAUCACACAGUUCAAAGGCUACCCCCUUACACCGGUCUGAGAAAUAACUCUUUCCUGUAGUAUCCUAGGAGUAGGAAGAGAGAAGUGGUAGCCUGCUUUUCCUCAAACACCUCACAUGCUAUCCCAGUUCAGCAAAUCAGAGUCAAGGAAAUACCUAUGUGAGACCUUAAGGAUUCUUGAUCAAGGUGUUUGGAGGGGAAGUUGUUCUAGUCACACAUUUAACACAGGGUUCGAAUGCUGGAGUAACCCCAGUCACCAAAUGUAGCCCCUUAUCCUACUCUCACCUCCCUACCCCCAAUCCUGGCAUUAGCUAAGCUGAAGCCAAUAAGACUUCAUAAACCAGCCCCCACAAAUGGGAUGAAAGAUGUGCAUUUGCAGAGGAGAUGGCUGCUCUGCUGUGAUGCUCUUCGGCUCUCAUGAUGACUUUAAUAGCUACUCAAGUUAUGGUUCAUGGCCCCACAGAGGAGCCCAUAAGUAAUACAAUGGUCUUAAAGACACUGAUCCCAAAGGGCCAAAGUCUGAAGGCAUUGUCCUUUAUAGCUGAAUCAGCCUUACAUAUUCAUAAGACCUCAUCCAAUCUGAUCAGGGACAUAAGGGGCUGCCCCAACCCCGAGGGUGCUCAACCUAGCCCUAGAAACGAGCUGCCAGCCAUAGAUUUUCAGGUGGAAGUAAACUGAACAUGGUAUUGCCUCGAAACUAAAGUUUGGAAGUUUGGAAGUUGCAGGAAGAUCAAGACUGAACAUUAAACCUGGGCACACUGGAUCCUUCCAGGUUAAUGUUCGGCCAUUCUUCUUAAUGAUUGUGCCAGAGAAUCUCUGUGACAAGGGUGGACAUGGAAGUAGAUGAACUAGUUCUUCAUUCUGUAAAGCAAUUGUUCUCAAAGCAUGGUUCCAGACCAGGAGCAUCAACACCCAUCUGGGAACUUUUUAGAAAUGAAAUUCUCAGGCCACAUCCCAGAUCUACAGAAUCAGGAACUAGGGACAGGAGCCAGCAAUCUGUAUUUUAACAAACUCUCCAGCCAGAUGCUCACCACAGUUUGAGACUCAGCAUUUAAAGGGAAAGCCUAGUGUCAGAGCCCCCAUACUGACAAGGGGGUGCUUUGGGACCAAACAUAAGAAAGUCCUAAGUUAUAAUUCGGAUUUUAACAUGAAUUUCAAAGUCACCUUUCUCGUACUUCUCCUUAGAAGUUUUUCUUUUAACAAAGAACAGGUGUGUGUGCUUUGGAGCAGAAGUUAGAGGGACAUGUGCAUCUUUCUCAGUGAACACAACCUUCAGAGAAAAAUCUCAAGCCUCUGAAAUUUCUACCCGGCGAACCCAGGGACUUUAACACAGGAAAGGAAUUGGAGCUCUCUUCCAGAUUGCUCGUCUGCUGAAUUAUACAUAUCUAUUCUGAGUCCUUUUCUGAUUAUGUAAUAGGAUAGGAAAAAAAAUCUAAUUUGUGUUUCCAUGACAACGUGUUCUCUCAGCAACAUCCUAUUCCCUUACUUGAGUUAUAAGGGGCACAGCUGGAUCUGAGAACCCGGCCAGACCUUCCUACGCUUGGCAGCUAAUAACAAGGCUCUAGAAUCCCAGGAAAGCCCCUUACCCUGCUCAGCUCAGCUGAGUACCCUACUCAGCUCAGCUCACAGGUGAGAGUUCUGCGCGAUGAGGAUGGCACUGGGCCAAGGCCUCAGGCUCAUCCUUUCCUUUCCCCACGUCAGGACUUGAAUGCAGAACCACUCAGCCAAAGUGGUAGAUGAAAAUCUUAAAAACAAAAAUCCGAAGGGAGCUUUGUAUCGUUCCAAACGCACAGUCUAGGCAAUGGGGCUGUGGGUGAGAUUAGGCUGUUCAAAAUUGGUUUUCUUUCAAGCGUGUUUUCCCUGUGAGGAGAGCUUUUAGGAAAAGCACAGGGCGGAAUACUAGACCUAGGUCUCCCGCGCUCCAGAGCUGAGCAUGUGGUGGAAGGGCUAAAGCCUGGGGAAGGCGAGUAUGAACUAAUUGCACCAAAAUCAGUCCCCAGAAGGCUGAGGAACGGGCCCUCUGGCCAUCUGCGAGGAUUCUCCCUGCUCCCCUGCCUGUGCCUGAGCCCAAUGAACAAGAUCAGACAGAAGGUGAGAGCUUCCCUACCACAGUCCGUCUCUGGGCUUCUGCUGCGCAGUGGCCUCCCACUUCCUAAUGUUUUUUGUUUGUGUGUGUGUGUGUGUUUUAACAAAACGAUCUUUAAAAAAAAAAAAAAUGCCAAUCCCUGCUGGCUUUCCUUUCUCCCUCCUCCAGUUCUGUUUUAGGCUGCACUGCUGGUGUGAUGGAGUCUGUUUCUCAAAUGCAUGGCGUUCCUCAGGUGGGGAUGGUAGGAAUUUUUGCAACGUUAAAAAAAAUAAUUUUUUAAUUUAUUGGGUCAAAACCCCAAAUCAGGAUAUGUGUGUCUGUGUGUUUAUGGUUUUUUUCUCAUUUGACUCUCCCCUCUUUCAGCCUACCCUCUUUUAUAUCUAAUGUAGAGAAAACAAAACCGAAUCUGGAAAGCAAACUGUUGUAUAUAGUUGCGGUAACAAUCAUGAAGAGAUCUGAGCUGUCCCCUCAGUAAUUCAUUUUAUAUAACAAAUUGGUUGAAAAUUAAAUUCAUGCCAGGGCCAGCUGAAGAGGCCUUCCUCUGUCGUCACAGAGGCCCCCUGUCUGGGCCCUCUGUCCAUCAGGCAUGUCUCCUCCCGGCAAGAUUCAUCUGUUCGAUGCCAUUGCGUUUCAAUAAAGUUAUCUCCUGUAUCGUC